AUGGGCCAAUUCGACUUCUUCAGCAAGAUCGGUGCCACCGACAAGGCCGUCGCCGUCCUCAACGACCAGCCCGAGCUCUUCACCACCCUCCUCCUCGUCCUGAUCGGGCUCGCCGCCGAGGGCGGCAUCAUUGCCGCCAUCCACUACUGCACCCUCAAGCCUGAGCAGAAGAAGAAGAAGACUAAGGGGGGUGAUGACAAGAAGGGAGGCGGUAGGAAGUAA